GGCCCUGUGGUUAGUGCUGAGGCCACCGCCUCCCCCUCUAAUGACGUCACUCUGCUGUAUGCCUACCUCUCUACGCAUGUACAGUACACCUCUGUCUGUGUUGUUCCACUGAAUAUUCCUUAUCUAAAGAUAUCUUUAUGAAGAUGUAGCCAGAGGGGUUGGGUGGUAUCCAGAUUUUCAUACCGUUGCUGUACCAUACCGGGAUAUACGGUAUUACCGGAAGAGCACACAAGGGGCACCAUUUAAUUCCAAACUGUUUGUUUGUUGCUAUAUUGAAAAAAUGCUAACAAAGGCUAACAAAUUACUAGCGAAGUCCCAUAGCGAACGCUAGCUAAAUGCUAAUUGCCAGCUCAUAAAGUUAUACAACUAUUUUAAAAGGCUACUCACAGCUUGCUGCAUGCACAAAACAUUUAGGCAGCAGGGAUCCUGAACCAGGAGGGGAUUGUUUGUCUCUGCUGUAACCAAGAAGCUUCCUCUUGCAAGCUAGCAAAUUAGAUGGUAAAAAUGCUUACAACUAUAAGUUAAUUAUCACAAAAGGGGUCCCCGGGCCGGCCCCCAAAAGUUUGGGAACCGCUGGUGUAGCCCCCCCCAAUAAAAAAACGAUGGAAUUGAUAAUCAUACCUUGGGUAUUUCAAAAUACCAGGAAGUGGUCACAUGGGAACUAAUCGCUUGUUUCAGUCAGUUCUAUUCACUGGAAGUUUCACUUGUCAUCUGGAGUCCUAGAUACUUGGUGGAGAAUGUUGAGAUGUAUGACUAAUCCUGCUUUAUCUCAGACUAGUCUUGUUCCAAUAAAUAGUCCUCCUUCAACCAUGUCCUCUGAAGAGUUAGUAUACCCUACAUAGGGAUUUACUGUAUAUAGUUACAUAUAGCUAGACCAUAACUAGACAUUCCAGUAAAAAUCCCACUAAGUAUUAAUUCCACUAAGUAUUACUUCCUUGAAGGUAAAAUUCUAAGAAGGUCACAACUGUUUCAUUUGAAUAUUCCUUGGUGAUGUACGUGUAUAUGGUGACAUUUGACUGGAAAUGUGUUCCCAUGUCUUGUUCCAGUAACUACUCCUUAACAAUUUACUCAUUGGUGUACUUUCAGCAUUCCUUGUGUCUGCAUGGUGUUACUGUGUCAUCCAUAAAGACAUACCACAUUAUUACCACAAACCUAAAUGUGACAUUCCAGUUUUAUAUUUAUGCUUACUCUAGCCCUUUAAUUCCAGCACACAAGCUUUAUAGUUACUUGAGAGCCUAAUCUAAAUAGCACAGUUGAGGACUUCAGGUUGUAAGUCAUAUUCCCUAAAGAACAAACACACACACAAACCUAUUCUACCCACGGUCUGUCCAAGUGGACAUCUCGGACUCCCCUCUCGAGAGGUCUAUAGUAUAUAUGUCGGUCAUGUUUAAUUUUUACAAAUGUCCACUAGCCUGCCUUCCAGUAUGCUGCCCCUCUCCACUGUUUCCCUCCAUCUCCCUCUUUCCCCUCUCCUCUUCUCCUAUUUUCUCAGCCCACUCCUCUCCCCAGAUGCCUUUGCUAAUUUUUUCCACUCUUUGGGGAAACAACAGCUCUCUCUUUUACAGUACUGUGUGUAUAUGGCUGCCUGUCUACAAUCGAGCGCAAAUUAAAUUACUAUGUGUAUGCUGGUAUUUUACAAUGUUUUGCAAUGUACUACUGUGAGCUGUUUCAGACCGCUGGCACUGAGUCUAUAGUUGCUUUUGGACUGGUUUCCAGGUUGAUUUCAAAGUCUACUUCCUGAAGCAGGGAUUCCCAUGCAACCAUAUCUUCCUCCCCGUAUCUGUGUUUAUCUUCAUGGGUGGUGUAGUGUGUACGUGUGUGGGCGAAGGAAGACUGGGAGAGUUUCACUCAACUGUUUUACCCGUCUUGACUUCAGGCCACUCGAACUACUGUCCCUCAGACACAGAGAAACCAGAGCCAAGCCAGACAGUUUGGACAUGUUAAUGGUUUUAGAACUAACCCAGCUCAGACAGUAGCCCUACAUAGAAUGGUAUUUGGGGAAAACCAGUCUACAAACAUGGACCAGUUAAUUUUACGAGUUCUGACUUCAGACACAUGUACCAGUCGACGUGAGCUGAAUGCCACUAGGUGUCCUAGACUACCUAGCUAACCCAGGUAAUGAUUGACAUGCAAUAAUGUGAAAAUGAGCAUGAAAACAAAGCAGUGUCCUCUGAUUUGUUUUACUCUUUACACACAAGGACACUCUGUACCACUAUGGUAGUACAUUGGCAGUGCAUACACUGUUUGCAGAGAAGUUAAAGGAUAAGACCAUGUCAUAUCCUUCGCUAAUACCACAUGUGUACACAGAGUACUACACUGUUGUAACACUAUAGAGCUUUGAUAAGAACAGCCACAGGACAGCCAAGUGGCUUGAGUCAUGAGAUGUAACCUUAGUUGGGUUACAAGGGAGUAGUACUUCUCUGAAAAUACUGUUUGUUAAUCCACAUGAUUAUGGUCACAAAGACUCAAAAUAGGAAAGUAGGGUAGUUAUGACACAAAGCUCAUAAGAAAACAGCUGUGUGGAAAUUCUUGAAGGAAUUCUGUGGGAUUUCAAGGCUGCUUGGGGGAUUAUGAUGUAGGCUAAUGCUGCCUCCCUCUUUGGCAUGCUAACUCUUACGUUCUGUAGGUCUGCUCCUCAAAUUUUUAGUUCUGAAGUAGCAUUUCUGAUAUAGGAAGGUAGUUCACCACUCACUCACUGCCAUUAGCCCUGUUGCAUUAUGCAAGACAUGGAUUCCACAAAAUGACAUGGAAGAACAAAAGGUGUCAUAAUCCCAGAAACUACAUGGAAUUCUUUAAAAAGCAAUUGAAGAUGAAGGCCUUCAACUUUUUUUAAUUGUUGGUAGCCGUGAGCUGAGCGAGCAGUCUUACUGGACUUACCAGUUCACAUUCACUCAGCCAACUUCAUGGAUCUUUUGAAAACAAGGCAAGUAAACAUGUCCCCCAACCCCCCCCCCAAUCUAGAUGACUAACACAUUUCAGUGAAUUACUAUAGCUCCUACCUUGGGCCAAUCAGUGUAAUUUUGUAGAUGCCAGAUCUACAAAUCUGGCAUCGUGGUCCUCUGUAGCUCAGCUGGUAGAGCACGGCGCUUGUAACGCCAAGGUAGUGGGUUCGAUCCCCGGGACCACCCAUACACAAAAAUGUAUGCACGCAUGACUGUAAGUCGCUUUGGAUAAAAGCGUCUGCUAAAUGGCAUAUUAUUAUUAUUAUUAUUAUCUCUAUGGCAAGACGCAUCAUUCACCCAAGUUUCGUGAAAUUCGGGCCAGCAGGUAGCCUCGAGGUUAGAGCGUUGGGCCAGUAACCGAAAGGUUGCUGGUUUGAAUACCGUAGCUGACAAAGUGAAAAAAAGCUGUUGCUGUGCCCUUGGGCAAGGCACUUAAAACGAAUUGCUCCAGGGGCGCUGUACAAUGGCGACCCCUUGCCGUGACCCCACUUCCUGCUGUUGUCUCGGGGGGAGUUGGGAUAUAUGCAAAAAAACAUGUUUCCAUUACACACUUGUAUGUAACAGGACAAAUAUAAGCAACCCCCCCCCCAAAUUAUUAUAAUUAUAAAAUCGUGCCAGUGCUGUCUGAGAUAUCGCAUGUGACUAACGUACAAACCUACUAAUGGGCGGAGACAGAUUCACAGUCCCCUCCCCGAUUUCAUCGCGGGGGACAAUUAGUAGUUAGUGUAGCUUUGGGGGCAUAUGAGCAACAUUGUCAGGCCUUUUGUGGUUUGUAAGAAUGUCAAGGCCACAAAAAGCAUGCUGGCCACGGUCCUCUGUGCUGCAUAUACAGUCAGCUGUGGUAACACUCAGCUCUGAGAGCUCACAGACCUUCUCACGGCGUUGUUUCCUCCUCCUCUAUGAUGCUCCUGGUCUCUGCUCCGGUAGGGGUUCUAUAUCACUAUAUCGUCAAAACCGAACCUCAACCCUUUUGGGUCAGAUAGGGAAGGCUCUUGCAGGCGUAGGGAUCUGGUUGGCCUCAUGACCCAGGGAAGGACCCCGAGGACUACAUCUCAAUGGCCUGAUCCAUGCCUGUCUAAAUCAGCCAGAAAAACAAACUUAUAUAAAGUAGCAGGAUGGACGGACACUAUUAGCGGAGGGGAAAGAAAUGCCAGCGCCCCAGAUUUAGAUCACUCCCUCUCAGGGUAUUAAUGUCAUGUGAAUCUGAUCCCAUUGAUUUUCUGUCUGAUUCUCUCCUUUUGUCCCGCUGGCUUGUAUUGCUCUCACGCAGUCUGCGGGACCGGAGAGGGAUUUCUUGUUCUUCUGAGUCUUUCACAACAGUCUCUCUUCCCUCUGUCAUGUCUUGAUGUAGGUCUUUAUUUCAGCAUUAGCACGGCACGUGACAGUGAAUGCAUCCACUUCCUCUGUAUUUCUUGUCUCUUUAGCAAUCGCUGCACACAGCUGUGUCUACUUCUUGUUUUUAGGAUGUGGGUUGUUUAAGAGUGUGCUUAUGUCUGUAUUUCAUAAUUGUAACCCUGACUGUGUCUGUGUUUAACAGGAGGCUGCUGGAUGAGUGGUCACCAUGUCGCCCUUCUUGCGGAUAGCCUUUAAUGCGUUUGAUGUGGGCGUCCUGUCCCCCCUGACUGACGCUCCCUUCUGUGCCAUUAAGAUGAAGGAGUCCCUCAGCACUGGUCAGUAGCAUUACCCAUGGGGUACUACCCAGUGGUGGGAAAAAGUACCAAAUUGUCAUACUUUUAUUAUUAGUAUUUGGUUUUAAAUAUACUCAAGUAUCAAAAGUAAAUGUAAUUGCUAAAAUAUACUUAAGUAUAAAAAAUUAAAUAAUUUCAUAUUCCUUAUAUUAAGCAAACCAGAAGGUACCAUUUUCUUGUUUUUUAAAUUUACGGAUAGCAAGGGGCACACUCCAACACUCAGACAUCAUUUACAAACGGAGCAUGUGUGUUUAAGUGAGUCCGCCAGAUCAGAGGCAGUAGGGAUGACCAGGGAUGUUCUCUUGAUAAGUACAUAAAUUGGACACUUUUCCUGUCCUGCUAAGCAUAGAAAAUAUAACGAAUGUAAGGUGUAAAAAGUACAUUAUUUUCUUUAGGAAUGUAGUGAAGUAAAAGUUGUCAAACAUAUAAAUGGUAAAGGGCAGAUACCCCCCCAAAAAACUUAAGUAGUACUUUAAAGUUUUUUACACCACUGGUACGACCAAACUGUAUACACACACACUCACGCUUUUCUUUCCCAACCUUUCACACAUACACAAACACACUUUGUCAUGCACAUGGGGUAGUAGUAGUAGUAGUAGUAGUGUAACCUCUCUCUCUCUCUCUCUCUCUUUCUCCCCCCCUCCCCCCCAGAGCGGGGGAAGACCCUGGUCCAGAGGAAACCCACUAUGUACCCAGCCUGGAAGUCCAGUUUCGACGCCCACAUCUACGAGGGCCGUGUCCUGCAGGUGGUUCUGAUGAAGACCGCCGAGGAGCCAUUGGCCGAGGCCACGGUGGGCGUGUCCGUGCUGGCUGAGCGCUGUAAGAAGGGCAACGGCUGUGCUGAAUUCUGGGUAGACCUGCAGCCUUCUGGGAAGGUUCAGAUGGCCGUCCAGUUCUUUGUGGAGGACACAGACACAGCAGGUAGUAAGCCAAACAAACAUGCUCUCAAUCUAGCACUUACUAUAUCUCUGUCUCUCUCUGUACUCCCCAGCACUCAUACACACUGGUUACAGACAGUAAACAGUGGCCUCUAGGCUGCCAGGCCAGCUCGUCACAUGGAGCUCAGCCUUGCAGCCAUGCAGGCCCUGGAAGGGGGAUUGUGUGUAUCAAGGAGCUGGCAUAGGACCCAGACCCAGAGGGAGGCUGUAUGUUGGAGUGUCCCAGUCAGGCUGAACCUGCUCUGGGUCGGCCCAGGGUAGGUGAAGGGGGUAGGCUGGAGCAGCAUCCAUCAUACCCCCCUCUCUCUGCAGGUUUCCUGAAAAGCAGCCCAGACUGUGGUAUUUUUAGGCCUGUGUGUCUGAUUAGCCCUCUCUGCCCGACUGUCACCAGCCUGUGUCCAGAGUUGGCAGGUGGGAGCGUCUCCUCUCUAAACAUACACACCAGUCAAAGGAAUGUCUUGUUCUCCAUCUUCCCAUCUGUCUUUGUCCUCCUCCCUCACCCUCUUUUGUGUCUUCUCACAGUCCUCAUAUCAGUUUUAUUUUCUUUGUUUACCUCUCUCACGCCUCUCUCGCUUUCUUUCCAUGACCUUUGACCCAGUCCCCUUGGCUUGCGUCAAAGAUGGUGGAUAAAUCCAGGCUCUGUCGUAGCCGGCCGCGACCGGGAGACCCAUGGGGCGGCGCACAAUUGGCCCAGCGUCGUCCAGGGUAGGGGAGGGAAUGGCCGGCAGGGAUGUAGCUCAGUUGGUAGAGCAUGGUGUUUGCAACGCCAGGGUUGUGGGUUCGAUUCCCACGGGAAAUAAACAAAAAUAAUAAUGUAUGCACUCACUAACUGUAAGUCGCUCUGGAUGAGAGCGUCUGCUAAAUGACUAAAAUGUAAAUGUAAAUAAGAUUGUUUACUCAGGCCAUUUACCAUUGAAAAAAAUGGUAAUGGUUCCUGUCUGUGUAAGUGGGCGUUCCUUCUCUUGCGUGAAACCAGGGUCUCACUUGCAAGGGAGCCCUUUGAACAUGAACAUACAAUAAAUAAUAUCAAUACAAUAAAUACAACAAGAUUAUUCAAAACAAACACCUCUCACAUAUCACCUCCAUUAAACUCGAUCUAAACCUUCCUGCGUGAGCUGACAGUUUCUCCAUAAUAUCUGGCAUGCUCACGUGAAAGAGGGAACAGCUGGCUCUGGUCUACUUAGUGUCCUCGCCCCACCCGCCCUGAAAAAUUGCCUGUGAGAUGUCUCGCUCUGGGGCACACCCUCCGCAGGGCUGGGACAAGUAGAUCAGAGUGGCCCACCCCGAUCAGCAAAACAUUUGGGAGACGAGUGUCUCGCUUUUCUCUUCUGUCUCUGGUUUGCGUCAGCUGCAGCCACAUUUUGCAGAAGGCCAUUCUCACUGUUUACUCUGAAUGUCAAACAAGUGUGACCUGACCUCAUUCUUUAGAUUACUUUUCCUUAAUCUUCCCCAAUUUGAUGAUUGAUGUUUAAAGAGAUUCUCCAGUACUUUUGUAAAAUUUUUUGCCGGUUGUUCUGAAAGUGGCACUCGCGAGCCAAAAGAGGCCCCCGAAAAUUGCAUAUUUUACGUCACAUAUGUGCAGAUAUGCGCACCAAGUCAUUGCGCUCUCUCUCGCUCUGCUGUGUGUGCAUCUUGCUAGGUGUCGCUCAAAUGGCGAGGGGCUGAAGUUCAUUGGCUAGAACUCGAGUUGUUAGGGAGCUGGCCCACGUGGGAGAAAAUAUAGGAAAAUGGCGCAGCAGAGCUUCCAGAAAAAGUCGCUUUAAACUAGGUAUUUUGUGUCUAGUUGAGGUAAGACUGUAAUUCUGCUCAUAAAUUAUGCAUGUACAGUGCAUUGGGAAAGUAUUCAGACCCCUUCCCUUUUUCCACAUUUUGUUACGUUACAGCCUUAUUCUAAAAUGGAUUAAAUUGUUUUUUCCCCUCAUCAAUCUACACACAAUACCCCAUAAUGACAAAGCAAAAACUGGUUUUUAGAAAUGUUUGCUAAUUUAUACAAAAAUGUAAAGCUGAACUAUCACAUUUACAUAAGUAUUCAGACCCUUUACUAUGACACUCAAAAUUGAGCUCGGGUGAAUCCUGUUUCCAUUGACCAUCCUUGAGAUGUUUCUACAACUUGAUUGGAGUCCACCUGUGGUAAAUUCAAUUGAUUGGACAUGAUUUGGAAAGGCACACACCUGUCUACAUAAGGUCCCACAGUUGACAGUGCAUGUCAGAGCAAAAACCAAGCCAUGAGGUUGAAGGAAUUGUCCGUAGAGCUCCGAGACAUGAUUGUGUCAAGGCACAGAUCUGGGGAAGGGUACCAGAAAUGUUCUUCAGCAUUGAAGGUCCCCAAGAACACAGUGGCCUCCAUCAUCCGCCCGGCCAAACUGAGCAAUAGGGGGAGAAGGGCCUUGGUCAGGGAGGUGGUCACUCUGAAAGAGCUCCAGACUUCCUCUGUGGAGAUGGGAGAACCUUCAAGAAGGACAACCAUCUCUGCAGCACGCCACCAAUCAGGCCUUUAUGAUAGAGUGGCCAGACGGAAGCCACUGGCACAAUCCCUACGGUGAAGCAUUGUCAUGGCAGCAUCAUGCUGUGGGGAUGUUUUUCAUCAGCAGGGACUGGGAGACUAGUCAGGAUCGAGGGAAAGAUGAACGGAGCAAAGUACAGAGAGGACCUUGAUGAAAACCUGCUUUAGAGCACUCAGGACCUCAGACUGGGGCUAAGGUUCACCUUCCAACAGGACAACGACCCUAAGCACACAACCAAGGCAACGCAGGAGGGGCUUCGGGACAAGUCUCUGAAUGUCAUUGAGUGGCCCAGCCAGAGCCCGGACUUGAACCUGAUUUGAACAUUUCUGGAGAGACCUGAAAAUAGCUGUGCAGCGACGCUCCCCAUCCAACCUGACAGAGCUUGAGAGGAUCUAAAGAGAAGAAUGGGAGAAACUCCCCAAUUACAUGUGUGCCAAGCUCGUAGCGUCAUACCCAAGAAGGCUUGAGGCUGUAAUCGUUGCCAAAGGUUUUUCAACAAAGUACUAAGUAAAGGGUCUGAAUAAUUAUGUAAAUCUAAUAUUUACGUUUAUUUUCAUUUUUAAUACAUUAGCAAACAUUUCUAAAAACCUGUUUUUGCUUUGUCAUUAUUGGGUUUUGUGUGUAGAUUGAUGAGGGGGAAAAAACGAUUUAAUCAAUUUUAGAAUAUGCUGUAAUGUUACAAACUGUGGAAAAAGUCAAGGGGUCUGAAUACUUUCCGAAUGCACUGUAUGAACUACACAUUGACACAUCCAGCCCAAAGCAGGAGGUUAUAAAAUACUUAGUAGUCGCCAAAGUUCCAGAGCAUGUCUUUAAUAAACUGUAUUUUUUUAUAUAAUGCUGAGACAUCUGUGUAGACAGGCAAUAAUGUAUGUAGUUUUCUUUUGUGUAUUUGUACUUUACUAUUUAUAUUUUUGACAACUUUGACUUUGACUUCACUACAUUCCUAAAUAAAAUAAUUUACUUUUUACUCCAUACAUUUUCACUGACACCCAAAAGUUCUCGUUACAUUUUGAAUGCUUAGCAGGACAGGAACAUGGCGCAAUUCACACACUUAUCAAGAGAACAUCCCUGGUCAUAUUGCCUCUGAUCUGGCAGACUCACUAAAUACAAAUGCCUCGUUUGUAAAUUAUGUCAGAGUGUUGGAGUGUGCCCCUGGCUAUCCGUAAAUGUGCUUAAUAUAAUAUAUACUUUUACUUUUGAUACUUAAGUAUAUUUUAGCAAUUACAUUUACUUUUGAUACUUAAGUAUAUUUAAAACCAAAUACUUUUAGACUUUUACUCAAGUAGUAUUUUACUAGGUGACUCAUUUUUUAGUCAUUUUCUAUUGAGGUAUCUUUACUUUCAUUCAAGUAUGACCAUUUGCUACUUUUUCGACUACUGCUGUUUUGUUACAAACUCUUCUUUUUUUUCCACCAAGGUACCAGUUUUAGCUCACAAUGUAACACAAUUAUUAAAAUAUCACUCACAGCAGACACAAUGGUAUAUGAUUGAGUACAUAGAAUAAUUAAUUGUAAUGUUGUUAUGUGUCCCGAGCAGUGUUUAAGUCGAACGUGAAGGGGCGUGAAGAGGAGGAUGGUGCGAUGACACUGACCCGAAGGAGAGGAGCCAUUAAACAGGCCAAGGUCCACUUCAUCAAGAACCAUGAGUUCACAGCCACCUUCUUCGGACAGCCCACCUUCUGCUCUGUCUGCCGGGAGUUUGUCUGGUGAGAGACGCAGACCACCCCAUCCAAACCACCACACUGACAAUGACCAUAACAAAGACUGUUGGGCUUUCAACCUGUUUUACAAGUGUCAUUCUGCUACACAAAUGGUAUUAUGCCUUGGCUUAGCAGUAAACCAGAGUACAGAGACAGUUGACUGAUUACCCCAAAACCAGCCCCCCAUGGGCUCUCUAAGUAGACCAAUUAACAGCUCUAAUUGUUCCAUAACUGGAGCGGUCUGUCCAACAAUAACAGUAAGACUGGCUGGCAGGGCCUGGACUGUGAGCUGUCUGGGGAAAACCCACAGGGUGCUGCUGCAAUGUUCCAACAAUGUCAGCACAAUCCCUAGUGCAGGGCUGCCCCCUUCCUGCCAGAGAAGAAAACUGUUAUUGGUGCCUAUUUUUGGUGACAGGUUGAGGAAUGACCAAUGUCCCUAUUGUGUGUGGAUGGUGUAGUUUGUGCAAAAGAUGAAUGAAUGUCCCUCCUCUCUUUCAUUUUGUUAAACUACCAUUGUUUAUUGUCACUGUCAAUACUUUAUAUUGAGAUUUGUUUUACCAUCUGUCAGUAUGCCUUUUGGGAAAAGUGCACAAAGAUUAGUCAUUUAUUGUAUGAAUCUUUCUUUCCAAACAGGGGAUUCAACAAGCAAGGCUACAAGUGCAGACGUGAGUGCCUCUGACCUCCUUGCCAUUUACAUUUUUCACAAUAUGGACGUUGUUUUGUAGCUUGGAGUGAAAUAUCCUAAGCGUGCACUCUGCAAAAUUUACUCCCAAACAUAUAAACACAUUUCUCAUAACAAUAAGUGAAUAUCUUAACUAUCAGCUUUCCCUAAUGUGGCUUUAUCUGUGUCUCAGAAUGCAAUGCCGCCAUCCACAAGAAAUGUAUUGACAAAAUCAUAGGGAGGUGCACAGGAACAGCAGCCAACAGCAGAGACACUAUGGUAAGCAACAUGACCUCCCAAAACAUAUAAAAAAUCUGCAGCACACUGUAUAUAAUGCUGUGUGGCCAAUUAGCACCAUGUAGCCUUUUGUAGUUGGUGUUUUGAAGAUCAGUUUUCUAUGGAGUGAUUCCCUUUAUCAAUAUGUUGACUAGGGUAGUCAUUUGUCCAUAUUGUUUUCUCUGAUUGUAUCGGGUCAUGCAGCUGUGAGAAUUGUGCCACGUUAUUCUACAUCCCUCAAUAGGCAACACGAGACACUUUCAGGGAGGUCAAAUCAACAGCUAUCAGAGACCAGGAGAACUGUGUCAGGCAAAUCAAUAGGCUUGUGUUUAAAACUGAACAGUGGUGCUUCAUUCCAGCUGUAAUUUAGUUAGCACGGGACUAAAGUAACCAGUAUAGUGCCAGUGGAUUCAGCAUAGGACAGUUAUUACCAGUAGUGGAGCACUUUUGACUAGUGUUGCAGUGUUGCAGCCAUGGAAUGAUAGAAAGACUGAUAGUAUUUGCAGCAGUGGGAUCAGCUCUACAGCACCUGUGGCAGUUAGGAUAGAGUGGCCUUCUCUUCAGGGGUUAGUGGUUAGAGGUGAACCUGUUCCCUGUCUGCAGCCUGUAUGGGAACAGUAGAGGUGGAGUGGUUGGCUAGUCAGUGCUGUGAGGGAAGAGUGGGUGGAGUCAGUCCACCAGUUAAUGGUGUAGGUGUGUUCCCAUGUCCCCUCUCUCUUGCUUCCUGUGGGGCACCAUGAGGAGGUUCAGAAGGGCUGUGAGGCCCCACAGACACCAUUUUUUUUGGGUCAGUACCCAUGGGUACUAUUGAUGACGGGAGCUCUGUGUAUCCACAGUUCCAGAAGGAGCGCUUUAAGAUCGACAUGCCACAUCGCUUCAAGAUCCACAACUACAUGAGCCCUACGUUCUGUGACCACUGUGGCAGUAUGCUGUGGGGAAUGGUCAAGCAGGGCCUCAAGUGUGAAGGUAGGUGUGAGGCCUCUCUCUCUCUGUCUCUGUCUGUGUCGCUCUCUCUCUGUCUCUUUCUAUCGAUCUUCAAUCCACCCAAUUAUUUCUUUACCUCUCCAUUUUCUCCCAGCCACUGUCUUACUCUUCUCUCCUCUCUCCUGUCAGACUGUGGCAUGAACUCCCAUCACAAGUGUGAGAAGAAAGUGGGAAAUCUCUGUGGAAUCAACCAGAAACUCCUGGCUGAGGCCCUCAACCAAGUUAGCCAAGUGAGAAAGCCAGGGACACUUGGUCAUGCCCACAUUCACACAUACUAAUGUAUUUUAUAGCGUCAUGAAUGCACAUUCAUAACCAUAUUGUAAUAGCAUUAUACCCCUUCAGAAAUCCACAAGACGGUCUGAAUCCAACAACUCAGAGUCAACGGACAUUGGAAUCUACCAGGACUUCAACAAAAGCCCAGGAGCGGACCCUAGUGGUAAGUAGCUAUCACUGCUGCAGUUGAGAGCUCAUGUUAUUCUGCUUUAUGAACUGGGUGGUUUGAGUCCUGAAUGCUGAUUGGCUGACAGCCGUGGUAUAUCAGACCGUAUACCACGUUGCAUCGUGCAUAAUAACAGCCCUUAGCCGUGGUAUAUUGGCCAUAUACCACAAACCCCCGAGUUGCCUUAUUGCUAUUAUAAACUGGUUACUAAUGUAAUUAGAGCAGUUUUGUCAUACUUGUGGUAUACGGUCUGAUAUACCACACCCCCUCGUGCCUUAUUGCUUAAGUAAACCACACUAUUUGGUCCUAAACAAUGUAGGUCUUUAGUUCUCUGUCGUUUUUUGUGUGUCUUUACGUGUCUAUGCAUCUAUUGACAUUAUGCCCGUCUCUUUGUGUGUGUGUGUGUUCAACAGAAGGCUAUGAGAAGCUGUGGGAGGGAGGUAAGGGCCUUGCCCCCGCCAGCAUCACCACCAAGACCCGCCUCACCAUUGACAACUUUGUGUUCCACAAGGUGCUGGGCAAGGGCAGCUUUGGCAAGGUACAGUACAACCACUGCUACAUUCCUCAUGCUCAUGCCACUGAUACCCAUACACACAGACUCAAUGGCCUUCACACAUGUCACUUGCUAAUACUGCUUUGUCUAAAAGGUUUCAAGGCACUCUUCAACUGCUAAGAGCCAACCUAAUUUAGUGGUUUAGUUAGUAUGUGACCCGUGUUAUUAUCUGUUGUUGGAGUAGCUAUAGCAACCCAGUGGCCUGCUCUGGUCUGGUAGUUUAGUUUAGUAUGUUCAACAUGAGUAUGUAUCACCUCUCCUGUGUGGUGCUCCAGGUCCUGCUGGCUGAGCUGAGGGGGCAAGGGCAGUACUUUGCUGUGAAGGCCCUGAAGAAAGAUGUGGUUCUGAUGGAUGAUGAUGUGGAGUGUACCAUGGUGGAGAAGAGAGUCCUGGCCCUGGCCUGGGACAACCCCUUCCUCACACACCUCUACUCCACCUUCCAGACCAGGGUGAGACCCCUACCCCUCUCCAUAACUUAAUCUUUCAUUAGGAUUUACCAUCAUCCAUCACUACCUCCACACACACACAUAUACAGAACUCCUAGAACAAUUGUUCGUCAGACUGAUGUGUGUCACUAUACUUGGGUGUUUAGACAGUAGUUUAACUGAUAGGAUUGUGUGUGUGUUACCAGGAACACCUGUUUUUUGUGAUGGAGUACCUGAAUGGAGGAGACCUGAUGUUCCACAUACAGGAUAAGGGUCGCUUUGAACUCUACAGAGCCACGUGAGUGACAGACUACAGUGUUAUCUCACCAUCUACCAGACGCUAAGUAGUUAUUAGUUACUUACUUAGAACUCACCCACAACGGUUUCAUAGCAGGUUAAGGGCAGACUGUAGGCCUUUCAUAAUGGUGAUGCACACAGAAGUAAUUUGGCCUCUACCACUCUUCUCCCCCAGUUUCUACUCUGCAGAGAUCAUAAUUGGACUGCAGUUCCUCCACUCCAAAGGAAUAAUUUACAGGUGAGAUCAAUGAACUUCAAUAGUCUCGUCUGGCCUUGCACUUGAUUUCCCUUAUUCAUCCUUGUACUAGUGCUUAGUAGAUGGACUUCAUUCCCUUUACUGAGGGAGCUGACUUAACCCCUCUCCCCCCUGCCCCCCUGCCCCCCCCCCCCCCUUCCCUGCUACAGGGACCUGAAGCUGGACAAUGUGAUGCUGGACAGGGACGGCCACAUUAAGAUCGCUGACUUUGGGAUGUGCAAGGAGAAUGUGUUUGGAGAGAAUCGGGCCACCACUUUUUGUGGGACGCCGGACUACAUCGCACCAGAGGUGUGUGUGACUGUGUCUGUGUCCAUGCAGGAUAGGGUAUUGUAGAAUUCUGUUUGUAAAGCAAUUUACUCUCUUAAGAUUACUCUUAACAUUGUCCAUGUGUCUGUCUCUCCGUCCAUCCUCAGAUCCUGCUGGGGCAGAAGUACACCUUCUCCGUGGACUGGUGGUCGUUUGGGGUACUGGUGUAUGAGAUGCUAAUUGGCCAGUCGCCGUUCCAGGGUGAUGACGAGGAUGAGCUGUUUGAGUCCAUCAGGAUGGACGUGCCUCACUACCCUCGCUGGAUCACCAAGGAGGCCAAGGACCUGCUGGAGAAGGUGCGGCUGCUGCUCAUCCUCUUCUCUCACUCAUUCACUCACCACACAGCCUUUACCUCCAUUUCACAAUGUUGUGUGCCUGUAAGUCUGUGACAGUGGGUGGCAGAUUGGUGUCCACUAGUAAACAAUGUAAUCAAUCUUGAAAUCUCACCUGACUUUCAUCAACACUAGCCAUGCACACAGACAUUCACACAUAGUCACACCUAGACAUACAGAGAAAGACAGGCUUUGGAAUGCCACAACGUUGCCUGUGAUUAAAGGUUAUUUUCCCUUACAUAUGCAAGUAAUGUUUCCACACCCUUGUUACCUUGCAAUUAUAUCCCUCUCGACCCCUCCAAUCUACACACUGACAAGCUUAUCCACAGCACCAUGCAGGCGCACACACACACCUUAAACCCAAGCUGGAAGCUUGUCCUUAAGCUAUUGCGUGUCACUGUGCCCCAUCCCCAGCUGUUUGAACGAGACCCCAGUCGCAGGCUAGGGGUGGUGGGGAACAUCCGCGGACACUCCUUCUUCAAGACCCUCAACUGGCCUGCCCUGGAGAAGAGAGAGGUGGACCCCCCCUUCAAACCUAAAGUGGUACGAUCUGGUUCUCUGACUUAUAAUGGAACUGUGGCUAGUGAAACUCACACACUAAUGCUCUUUUUCAGAUUUGUUUACACCAUAAUCAUUAUUUAGUUGGAGUUCAAUGGUGUUAUUGGCCUCUUGUUGAACUGACAGACCUUCUCUGCCAAUCACAGAAAGGCCCCAAUGACUGCAACAACUUUGACCGGGAGUUCCUGAGUGAGAAGCCCCGCCUCUCCCACACGGACAAGAACCUGAUCGACUCCAUGGACCAGACAGCCUUUGCAGGCUUCUCUUUCAUCAACCCCAAGAUGGAACGCAUUAAGGACAAAUGA